AUGGACGACAUGGAGAAGCAUGAGGAGAAAGACAUCGAAAAUUCCCAGGGACCCGAAUUGCGAUGUCUCACCAUCCAUAUCAGCACACGUGACCUUCUGCUACCACAAGCCGAUUCGCUGGCUGGACUGAGAAAUAUGCUGACAUUUCCACCCUGUUCUUCAUCUUUACAGUCCGGCUCUUCAAUCGCUUGCGCGACAUGGGUCACGGAAGGUCUGAUAUAUCUCACGUCUCUCAGACAGCUGACCAUGGUUGUGGAGAUGAGCGUUCCGAUCGGGAAGCAUUUCUCAGUGUUUGAACGGCGUCGAUUCGUGGACGCACUCAGCGCAUCCAUGCCGCGGGUAUUGACAAUUAAUGUCCAGUGGAAAAUACAAGAGAGAAUGAUCUUAGGCAUGGACGAUCAUGAAUGGAUGGAUUUUAUGUGGUUGAAUGACGCAGUGACCAUCUUUGCCAUCCCAGGGCUUGGGCAGGUGGGCGGAGAUGGAACCACUGCAGAGGCCCCUGUGAGCGGUAAUGCGAAGGUCGGCUUUGCCAAUUGGCUCGGGGUCCCAUCAUAA